AUGGUUGGGGGGAGAAAAGUGCUGCUCUCGAUCGCAGCGCUCUCCGGUUUCGGUUUCGACAACGCUCUCGGAGGCCAACUCGGGCGCAAUGGCGGGGCCAAUGGGGCGAUAUCGCGUCAACAACCAGAGGUGGUUCCAGUGUCGCAACCACCCGCCACGGUAGCGCGCCGCGCUACGUCCUCGGAAGAGUCGGUGGGGAGUAUCGUAGGGGGAAGAACGGAGGAACCGCCAAUACCAGAUGUGAAACCCGCCAGCGCGAGCGACCUGGACGAGACAAGUCUAGUGAACCUCGCAGCGUCAUCAACAUCAUCAUCACCGCCGCCAGUUUCGUCUACCGAUAGCACCAAGGCGCCACCAACGCGAGUAGGGAAGCCAGAGAGUGAAGGGACGGAGAAUGCAGGGAGCACGGGAAGUGCAGGCACCGAGCAUAUCAGCGUGGGCGAGACUUUGACGUCGACCUUGGAGCCAUUCACCCCGCCGUCGGCUCCAGAUUUAAGCUCCUCGACAUCAGCGGCCGACGUGACGACGCCCGAUGCGGCCACAGCGACACCGCCGCGUGGUGGCCCCCCUCGGGGAGGACCCAGCAGAGCGCCAACGAAGGGCAGUUCGGCCAGCAUCACCCAGGCGACAACCGAGACGGUUGAUCUGGGGUACGGCCAGCCGACAACGAACAACGGCGAUACGACUUUUGCGACGUCGAUACGUUCUGGUAACCAGACAUUUACCAAUCUACCCUCCCAGACGCUGCGGUACUGCCACCCGUCGGAGGUCACGCCAGCGCCGACGAGCUGGUCCGUUGUGCACACGACAACUGUGACCUGGUACGGGAACCCGGACGACUACACGCAGCCGUACCCGCCAAUCUCGGUACCCGAUGAAUCGUCGCCGGCGACCUGUAUCGUGCCGGUCGAGCCGCCCAAGUUCACCAUCUCAGUGUGCGCAUCGACCGGCGAGGGCACGCAGUACCUGACAUGUGACCUGACGACGAGGACGGAGAGCUACGGGUUUGGCAUCCAAACCAGCGCCACGCCACAGGUGGUGUUUCUGACAACGGACAAGAACCCGGCCGUCGUUUACUCCACCCUGAGUCGGCCGGACUAUGGCGUAAGCCAGGGGCCCGAGACGCGCGAUGAUCAUGCCACGCCCACAGGGGCCAGCAAUGGUGAUCACAGCGGCGGCCACAGCAGCGGCGGCGGGCCACAGGGCAUCACCGAGUCGGCCCAACGACCGACACCGACGCCCAUCACCGUGGCCGUGCAGCCGACCGGCGUCGUCAUCAACGGCCACACCAUCCGUGACAACCCGGCACAACCAACGCAGGUCGUCAUCAUUGCCGGCGAAACCUUCACCAUCAACCCGACACGUGUAGUCGGCGGCGGUGCCACCAUCGACCGGCCAUCGGCCACAGGCGGUGUCUACCUACCAUCCCCCACCAGCACCAACAUCGCCGGCGUGCCCGUCGUCGUCUCUUCUUCCGUCGCCAUUAUCGGCGGCUCCUCCUUCACCCUCGGCCCCACUCCGACCACAGCCGUCGUCUCAGGCCAGACCUUCACCAUCGGCCCCAACACCAUCGCAGGAGCAUCCCAGACGCUCCCCCUACCAACACUACCCUCACCGACCGAGGUCGUUGUCGCAGGCGGCGAUCUCAUCACUGCCAUCGGCUCAUCCGUCCUCGUCAUCCACGGCACUACACUCACCUACGCCGCGCCCGAGGCCUUCGUGCCACACACCGGCACCGACUCCGACUCCGACGGCAUCACAGUCGUCACCAUCGACGACGACGUCCUGACCCUCGGCCCAGGUGGCGUGACCGCCCAACACGGCUCCAUCAUCAUCGGCGGCUCCCACGCCUCGGGCCCGCAGGACACGCAAUACGCGCUCGUCGGCGGCGCCACCGUCACCAAAGUCGGUGCCUCGGUCGUCGUCAUAAACGGCGUGUCCUACACCAUCGGACCCGGCACAGGCACCACGACGACCGCUGUGGGCGGGGAAACGGUCACUGUGGCGCCCGAUGGUGUGGUUGUCGGCUCGCUGAGUUUGAAUUAUCCGUUUGGUAUGACGACGGUGAUUACACCGGGUGUUGGGGCCGGUGGUGGUCCUGGCGCACAUGCUACGGGGAAAGGGAGUUAUGCGGAUGGGGGUGAUGGGGAAGAGGAUGGGGUCGGUGCGAUCAGGCCGUGGUUGAUGGGUGUUGGGUGGGGUGUUGGGGUAGCGAUGCUGCUCGGGGCAUUGGUAUAG